AUGCUGAGACAGUUAUUCAUGAACAUACCAUUGGUGGAAGCCCUUGAGCAGAUGCCACGAUAUGCCAAGUUCAUGAAGGACUUGGUCACAAAGAAAAUAGUUGUAAGUAUCGAUCUAACUGACAAUGUUCAUCACUGCAGCACUAUUUCUACCAGGUCUAUGGUACAAAAGAAAGAGGAUCCGGGUGUAUUUACCAUAGCGUGCACUAUCAAAUCUAUUGAAUUCGCAAAGGCCUUGUGUGAUCUAGGGGCUAGUAUCAACUUGAUGCCGCUAGCCAUCUGUAAGCAACUGGGGUUAGGAGUUCCAAAUACCACAGCGAUAAGGUUAAUGAUGGCAAAUAGGUCAGUGAAGCGACCUGAAGGAAUUCUAUGUGAUGUUCUUGUGAAGCUGGACACGUUCAUCUUUCCUGCAGACUUUGUGAUCUUAGAUUGCGAAGUGGAUUUUGAGGUUCCCAUUAUUUUGGGAAGACCAUUCCUGGCCACUAGACGAACAUUGGUAAAUGAUGAGCAAGGAGAACUAAAGUUCAGACGCAAUAAGAAAGAGGUAAAGUUUAAUAUUUGCAGGUCCAUGAAGCAGCCAUAUGAUAUGAAUGUGGUGUCUGCAAUAGCAGUCUUCGAAGAACAGAAAUGGGAGCAACCAUUGAAGAGAGGAUUGUUGUCGAAACCUUAG